CCUUCCACGGCGGCGCUCCGUAUUUAAGUCCGCGUUGACGAAGCCGAGGAGUUCACCUUCCCACAGCAGCCCCUGCUCGCCGCCUGCGUGCUGACCCCCGUGCUGCCCCCUGAAUCCAGCGGAGAGGCGCCAUGUCCACCUCGUCGAGGAAGACGAAACCCCCCGCCAAGAAGGGCAUCCUGGAGCGGCUGAAUGCCGGGGAGGUGCUGAUCGGUGAUGGGGGCUUCGUGUUCGCGCUGGAGAAGAGGGGCUACGUGAAGGCCGGGCCCUGGACGCCGGAGGCGACCGUCGAGUACCCCGAGGCCGUGAGGCAGCUGCACAACGAGUUCCUGCGAGCGGGCGCCGACGUGAUGCAGACCUUCACGUUCUACGCCAGCGAGGACAAGCUGGAGAACCGUGGCAACUACGUGACCAAGAAGAUCUCCAGCGCGAAGGUGAACGAGGCGGCGUGCGAACUCGCCCUGGAGGCCGUCUCGGGCACGGCGGCCCUGGUGGCCGGCGGGGUGAGCCAGACGCCGUCCUACCUGAGCAACAAGAGCGAGACUCACGUCAAGGCCAUCUUCCGGCAGCAGCUCGAAGUCUUCGUCCGCAAGCAGGUCGACUUCCUCAUCGCCGAGUACUUUGAGCACGUGGAGGAGGCGGUGUGGGCCGUGCAGACGCUCAAGGAGACGGGGAUGCCCGUGGCCGCCACCAUGUGCAUCGGGCCCGAGGGCGACCUGCACGGCGUGUCCGCUGGCCAGUGCGCGGUGCAGCUCGUCAAGGCUGGGGCCGACAUCGUGGGCGUGAACUGCCACUUCGACCCCAGCACCUCCCUGCGCACCGUGAAGCUGAUGAAGGAGGCGCUGCAGGCGGCCGGGCUCAAGGCGCACCUCAUGACGCAGCCGCUGGGCUUCCAAACGCCCGACUGCAACAAGCAGGGCUUCAUUGACCUGCCCGAGUUCCCCUUUGCGCUGGAGCCGCGGAUAUGCACGCGCUGGGAGAUGCACAGGUACGCGCGCGAGGCGUACGCGCUGGGCGUGCGCUACAUCGGGGGCUGCUGCGGCUUCGAAGCGUACCACGUGCGCGCCAUGGCCGAGGAGCUGGCCGUGGAGCGCGGCAGGCUGCCCGCUGCGUCUGAGAAGCACGACAGCUGGGGCGCCGGGCUCGGCAUGCACACCAAGCCCUGGGUCCGCGCCAGGGCCCGCAAGGACUACUGGGAGAAGCUGGAGCCAUCCACGGGUCGUCCCUUCUCCUGCGCCUGCUCUCACCCCGACAGCUGGGGCAUCACCAAGGGCCACGCGGACCUGGUGCAGCAGACAGACGCGACCACGGAGAACCAGCUCAAGGCGCUGUUCACCUCGCAGAAGGGCAAGGGCAGCAAGGCCGUCUAGCGCCUGCAGGGGGCACGGCCCCUCCACCGUCAAUUCUCGCACAACAUCUUCUUGGUUCUUUCGGUAAAGUCACGUAGAAGGGAAAUAAUAAAAUAAUAAAAAUAAAGCAUCAUAUUUCCCUUCGACGUGACUUUACCGAAAGAACCAAGAAGAUGAAUCCCUGCAGUCACGAAAGCUUUAAAUCGAAAUCUCGCACAACACUUCACAAUACCGGCACUUGUUGACUCGUGAUGCCGCUGCAAGAAAGCACGUGUAAAUUAGCAUCCAUUAAAGUGCAACUGAAUGUGACGCUGACAACAAUGGCGCUGUCUUUUCGCGUGGUGUGGUGAGUGUUCGAUUUCGUUCCCUCGCCCCCCGCGUCCUCCCCGCGAGGGUUGCCCGCCACGACACCCGAGUCGAGCACCGGGCACGUGGACGCAUGGCACCACGCCGCGUGCUGUCUGCUCUCGCGUUGUAGAAUGGCAUAGACCCAACGAGCUGCACGUUCUCCCUUUUGCAGCAAGAUUCCACUUGAAGUGGACGUGACGUGCAUCAGUAUCUCUCGGCGCCGUGUGAAUUGAUUGGCUUGACGAGGACAUCAGAGAAUGGUGCCGGAAAGAUGCGCGAACUACUUGAGCACAUUUUUCACAAGACGGAGGAAAGUGGAAAUAAAUGACGACACGUGCAGUGGAAACCUACGGGCUAUUUGCCCAUGGAUCGUGAUGAUGAUGAUGAUGAAGAAUGACACUUUACUCUUUGGUUCUUUUGGUAAAGUCACGUAGGUGUCAAAUAAUUUAUUUUAUUUUCUACCUACGUGCUUUUACCGAAAGAACCAAAGAGUAUGGAUUCCUGCAAUCACGAAAACUUCAAAUCUAGAUUAGAAUGACACUUUAUUCAGUGGCGGCUCCUGCAAAAUCUCUCAGGGGGGGCAAAUGUCUGGAUGAUUGAUAAGGUCCACCCAUGCAAUGGAUAAAUUAACAGCUUAAGCAUGUAAAGGCAACUUCACUUCUUUAAUAUUAAUGAAAAAUAAAGUGACUUACAAUA